GUUGAUUCUAUCUACUCCGAGAUUUUAUUUUGAUAUUUUCUCUUGAGAAGAUUGAUUCUAUAGAGAGAGAGAGCGAUGAGGAUGAUGAUGAUGAUGAUUCGAACGGCUUUGGUGUUCGUUGUCUUCUUCGUUGGAGGUGUGGUACAAGCGCAGCUGAUACCUCCGGUGAGGCGUGACGGAUUCGUGUAUCCACCGGGUCGGAAGAUUGAACCGGAUACGAUACUUAUCGAGGCGUAUUUUGACCCGGUUUGCCCGGACUGUAGAGACGCUUGGGAGCCACUAAAGCUAGCGAUUGAUCACUAUGGAUCUCGCGUUGCUCUUGUUCUUCACCUUAUUCCUUUGCCCUUCCAUGACAAUGCAUUUGUAGCAUCUCGGGCCUUACACAUCGUUGAUACCUUGAACGCCAAUGCCACGUUUAACUUGCUGGAAGGGAUUUUCAAGCAUCAGGCAUUGUUUUACAACUCGCAAACACAACUCAUGUCAAGACCUGCAGUUGUGGACAAAUUAAUCAAGCUUGGAUAUAGCGUCUCAAGAGGAGUCUCUGCGACACCAACCUUCUACGUGAAUGGGUUCGAGCUUCCUGGUGCUGGUUCUCCCAAAGAUUAUGAAGGAUGGAGAGACACCAUCGAUCCUCUGCUUAAACCACAAGAAGUAGACAUACCAGACACCUUCCUUUCAUUCCUCACGCAAUCAUCUUAUUAGUUGUAAUUUCUAUGCUGUGCCAAACUCCCACCUACUUAUAGUCUAAAAAAUCCAAGCAUCAGUCUCAUACAUGUUCAUAUUACUUUUACUUUUAUAAAAUUGCAUAGUCUAGUAAGAUUCUCCUAGAAGUCGUGUGUAUGUGAUACUAUUUUACUUUUACAAAAGUAUUUAGUAAAAAAGGUGGUUUGUAGUA